UACUAUUAGUCAUUUCACACUGGAACUCCUCCUCUUUAAGUCCAUACGUCAUAAACAAUAUAUGUACAUGAGGUCUCUAUUUUUUAUAUAAAUAUGGGAGAGCCAAGCCGCCAACACAUAGUAUAUAUGCAUUGGUUGUAGGCUAGUAGUAUAUAUACAAGGAGUUGUGAGUGAGUGUGUGUUCUCUCUUAAUAACCAGUGAGUUCUCUGUGUUGCUUGCAAAAAAGGGAAGGAUGAGUAGUAGUGUGAAGAUGGUGGAGGCAAAGUUGCCACCAGGAUUCAGGUUUCACCCCAGAGAUGAGGAGCUUAUAUGUGAUUACCUGAUGAGGAAGCUCACUCGUUCUGAACUCCCUCCAUUUCUGGUUGAAGUUGAUCUUAACAAAUCCGAACCUUGGGAUAUUCCUGAUUCAGCAUGUGUUGGAGGCAAGGAAUGGUAUUUUUACAGCCUUAGAGACAGGAAAUACGCCACGGGAAAACGUACAAACCGGGCUACAAUUUCAGGGUAUUGGAAGGCUACCGGAAAAGAUAGACCAGUAUGCAGGAAGAGGAGGCUCGUUGGGAUGAGGAAAACCUUGGUGUUCUAUCAAGGGAGGGCUCCUAAAGGCAAGAAAACUAACUGGGUCAUGCAUGAAUUUCGGCUUGAAGAACCUUCAGGAAUAACUAUUUCUUCCAAGGAAGAUUGGGUACUCUGCAGAGUGUUUCACAAAAACAAAGAAGCUUCGAAUGAUAGUCCCAAACAAGACAUACAAAAUGAUGGCAGCUGGUAUAAUCAAGAAACUAAUAUCAGUAACAUUCCUGCAUCAAAUCAUCUACCUCCGCUGAUGGAUUCUUACAUCAGUUUUAACCAAAACCAUAGUCACUCUCAUCCGCAAGUGCCCUGCUUCUCCAAUAUUUAUACUACUAAUAACAUACACACAAACCCGAACCAUGUAACCACCUUACCAAUAAUCACCAAUAAUGUACAAUUACCACUGCAGAACAAGCCAAUAAUUAGUAGCGGUUCUGCUAGUUACCUGGGGAAUUAUUCGGCAAAUACUUCAUCUUCAUGUGACAAUAAAAUGGUUAGGGAUGAGGCCAUAGAUCAUUAUCUUGCAAAGAUCGGUGAUAAUGUUAAUGCUGAUUAUACAGGUAUGGAUAUUCCUCCUCCUUGUGAUGUGAUGAUGAUGAUCAAAGAUUCACCAAUGAGUUUUGGUGAAGGAAGUUCAGAGAGUUUUUUAUCUGAAGUAGGGUUUCCAAGUAUCUCCUGGAAUGAUCAGUAUUAACUUUGAUCAUACUGUAAUUUAACUAGCUAUUUCUUGUAAUUAUAUAUAUGAAAACUGGCAAUGUAUUGUAAGAUUUCCUACUUGUAAUGCACUGUAUAACAUAGGUUUUUCAGUUUUUCUUUA